AUGUAUAUUGAUCCAGCAGAUACUAAAGCAUGGGCUCAAGAAUUAAAUGAGUAUUAAAAUCAUAUUAUAAAUAGGUAUUAAAACAAUCGCAAAUUGAAAUUAGACUUUACCAAACCCAAGAUUUUUACUCAAAAAGAAAUGAAAUUGAAAUAAACUGAAUUCAAUCCAGUUUUGCAAAAUUAUCAAAAUAUUGAAAGAGAUGCAAAUGAAAAAGAUAAAGAUUUUUAGAAAGCGUCUACUUUAGCAUAAAAAAAAAUGGUAACUAAAAAUAAUUUUUAUAUUUAUAGGAAAUGGUGAAAAAAUAUUUACAUGAAUAUGAUUUAGUAAACUUAGAACCAGUAAAAGGUAUAGAAAGACCAGAUGAAAGAGAUAAAACUAAAUAAUGUCUUGUAAUUUUAAUUUAAUUAUAAUAGUUACCACCCAAUUUUAAUGAUUAUAAUAUUAUUACCAAUGAAAAAAAAAGUGAAGAACAUUAUAAAAAUAUGAAAGUUAUUGUUUAAAAGAAAGUACAUGAAAAACCUGUUAUCAAUAGAAAUAAAAGAGACUUUAAUAUUAUUACAAAUAAGUAUAAAAGAUCAAAUAUAUUUUUUAUUAUAGAUAUCUUGAAAAUCAUGAAAGUAAAUAAUUAGAAAAAGAACAUGCUAUUGUCAAUGAAAUUAAUGAGAAAUGCUAAAAAGUUAGAAAUUAUGAUAUAGUUUAAGGAGUUUAUUAUGAUGAAUAAAAGGAAGAACAAUAUUAAUAGUAUUUAAUCGCAUAAAAAUGAGGAAAUUAAAAUAAGAUCAAUAAUAACAUGGCAAACAUUUUAAUGAAAGAUUUCCUCCUUCUUGGAAAUUUAGAGAAUCUGUAUAUUUAGAUCAAACUAAAGAAAUACCAGAAGAAAUUAAAAUGAUUGAUGAAAUUAAUAGAAAUCAUAAAAAAAGAUUCGAAAUUAAACAUGUUUUAGAUAAUGAAUAUAGAGAUUAAGAUGUUUAAAAUUAAAUUAGAGCUUAAGAUAGAUUAAUUAAAAGACACAAAUAUGAAGAUAUGAUUUAAAAAUAUGAUAAAGGUAUUUUUUUCUAUCUAAUAAAAAUUAGAAUUCGAUAUUAUUACUUAAUAAAAACCAGAAAUUGAUCAUAUAGUUAAAGCUUUACCUGCAAAACCUCCUUUAAAUUCUUGGGAUAAAGUAUAAAUGACUAAAUCACCUUCUGAUGCUCCACUUAAAGAAAUCACUAUACCUGAGGGUAUUGAAUUCUCAAAUCAUGGAAAUUCACCUAAUCAUAAUUUAUAAGGAAGAGUUAGAUUCCCAUAAGUUUUAAAAUAACCAAGUGAGAAAUCACAAAAAUCUGCUCCAAAAUCUGUUACACAAUCUCAAAAAUCUAAUCCAGUUCAAACUGAAAUUAAGUCUGGUGGUUUUUUCUGAAUCAUAUUAAAAAAAUUAAAUUUAGG